AUGUUAGAACAUUUAUCUGAUGCCCCUUAUGAGCCUAAAGUUCUUUCAUGUCAAAAAUCAGAUUUUCUUUCUGCAACAGAACAUAGUUAACAAUGUUAUAUAGCGGAACAAUACUGUUAACAUGAUUUUCUAUACUUCAAUUAUAGUAUUUUGAGUUAUUGUUGGCUUAAUGGAUCAAUUAUGGUAUAUAAGGAUAUUAAGUAAUAGACUACUUUAAUGGUAUCUGGAUUUGUUGGUUAUUUGGUGUAUAACGGAAUAAGCGAGAUUAUAAAAGAAUUUUUGGUGCCAUCUUUAGAAGCGGUGAAAGUAAAAUUUGAAGUCUCAGAAAUAAUGGCAGGAGUUACUUUACUAGCUUUUGGAAAUGGUGCAGGUGAUGUUUUAACUGCACUAGUAGCUUCUUCUUAUCCAGGAGGUAUCGAUUAUAACAUUGGAGCAACUAUGGGAGCAGGAUUUGUAAGAAAUAGAUUUUCUAUUUACUUUUAGUUUUUAUGUAGUAUAGGAGUUUAUCUAAUUACUAAAACAUCUAAAUCUCAAAUUAAGAUGGAUCCAGUGCAUUUUUGGAGGAAUGUUGGUUUUCAAAUUAUCUCAAUUUUUGUCAUUAUGGUUUUUGGAGUUAUUGGUUAAAUUUCUUAUUUCUCAAGCAUUUCUCUAACUAUCUUAUAUUUGAUACUAGUUUUUCUCGUUUAUUAUUAGGAAAGAGAUAAAAUAUUAAAGAGUCGAAAAGAUAGUUUAGGAGAGAGAAUGCAAACUAUUCAUGAAGCAAAAUAUGAUCUAGAGGUUGCUUAAAAGUUUGAUGAUAUGAAAUUACUCUAUCUUUGGGAAAAGAAAUCUGAAUAAGAACUUGCAGCAAAACCAGUUAAAUGGGCUACUCCUCUUAUUAGAUUAAAUUAUGUAACAGGAGAUGCAAGAGUCAAGAUGUUAGCUAAAAAAUUUAGAUUUGCUGUUUAAUUAACAAUAGCUAAUAUUGAAACUUAAAAAUAAAAAUGGGAAAGAUUAUCAUUAUAUGAAAAGAUUAGAGCAAUCAUUAUUUAUCCAUUAAUGUAAACUUUUAAAUAUACAUUGCCUGGACCAAAAGAAGAUGAAUUCGAUAAAAAUUAAGCAAUAAGUAUAUUAAAUUAUAUAAUUAUUUUUUUAGUUUUUCCUAUUCCAGGAUCAAUUUUCUUUGUUUCUGUUGUUUUUAGCUUUCCUCCAUGGUGGGUUUACUUUUUAGCAUUGCUUUGUGGAUUUGGAUUUUCUAUAUUCUUAAAUACUACGAUUCCUUCUUAAAAGACACCUCCAAAAUAUUUUUUUUAUCUUUAAUUUUACUGUAUUUUAGGUUCAUUGGUGUGGAUAUUUUUUUUAUCUGGCUUAUUAAUCGAUUUUCUAUAAUUUUGGGGCAUAAUAACAGAAUUAAAUAAAACAUACUUAGGUUUUAGCUUAAUUGCAAUGGGCAAUGUACUACCAGAUUGCAUUACCUUGGUUUCAUUAGCAGAAGAAGGUUAUGGUAAUAAAUAACCCUAUUUAUAGCAAUUAUGGCUUUAAAUGGAAUUUAUUGUAAAAAUGAUUAAACUAUUUCUAGUCGGUCAAAUGUUUACAAAUCUCAUUGGAUUUAGUGUUGCUUUCUUAAAAUAAAACUUUGUGAAUCAUGGCCCUAUUAAAUUUAACUUGUUUAGUAUCAUUGAUAUAGAAAAGAACGCAUUCAAAUUAAUGGUUAUUUUAGCAGCCUUCCUUAAUUUAUUAUUCACAUUAAUAAUGGCCGUAAGAAACCAUUAUGUCAUUACAAAGUCCAUGGCAAAACUACUUACUAUUUUUUAUUGUGUUUUCUUUACCCUAUCAUCCUCAUCAGCAUUUUAUCACGCAUGGACCAAAAAAUGA